CCCAAACCUUGAAGCUACAACAUACUUAUACACUUCCCAUCUAGCAAAAUCAUCAGCCAGCUCCAAGUCAAUCAAAGAAGUCCAGUGAUUCAGAAACUUUGUCAGAAUAAGAAUGGCAGCAACCAAGUCCAUGGCCGUUUCUAUCGCGUUGCUUCUAGCCAUGUGGGCAGUUGUGACUGAGACUAGAGAAAUCCACGAAAGGAAGGACUUGGGUGUGGAUCUUGGCGGGAUUGGGGUCGGAGUCGGGGCGGGUGUGGGUGUGGGCCUGGGCGGUGGUGGGUCGGGGUCUGGAGCUGGGGCUGGCUCGGGCUCUGGUAGUGGUGGUGGGUUCAGUUCGAGCUCGAGCUCUUCCUCGUCCUCGUCUAGCAGGAGCUCUGGGUCGGGUCGGUCAUCUGCAGGGUCUGAAGCUGGAUCGUAUGCUGGAUCUCGAUCCGGGUCUGGGAGAUCGUCCGCAGGUUCUGAAGCUGGAUCCUCUGCCGCUUCACGAGCUGAGUCUGAUGGACGUGGAGGAGGGCGUGGACGUGGAUCGGGCCGUGGAGAAGGGUAUGGUAGGGGCGAGGGGUCCGGAGAAGGCGAUGAGAACUAAAUAUUUGAACCAACAUCUUCUCCAAUCUAAGAAAAAUUGAAACUAUUGUAUGAUGAUAUUUUGUUUUAGUUGGUAAUCAAGUAUGAUAGUGUCUACAAAAUAAAUUUGGUCAUGUGGGUAUGUGCCAUAGGUUGGUAUUUAGCAUAUCAAUUCUCCAUGGUCAUUGAUAGUUGUGUAACUUGCCAUCUAUGUGGCACUAUAGUCACUACAAGAUGUAUGCCUUAUAUAAUUGAAUACUAUGUAGUCAAAGUUGAUACUAAUUGGUGUGCUAUCCAAUUUUAGAUUAUGAAUUUUUAAUAAAUAAAUAUUAUGAUAUAAUCCCAAAAAAAAAAACGUUUAUCAUAGCUUUCGUCGAAACUAAUCCAAAGAAAAGGACAACUAAAACUGAAAAUAAGGAUUCAAGUUCAAUCCUAUCCCAAGUUUAAUUAGCAAAAUAAAUCUACCCACCAACAAUCAUACCUAGAUAAAUUAGUAAACCUAGCAUGCUCAAUUCCCUUCUCCAAUUGCAUUAUCAUAUAUUUAGCUAAUUUUCUCAAUAGCAUCCAAUGAAUUACUCACUAUGCUAAUUUAUAAGUUUUAGAAAAUGAUAAUACAUAAGCCCAAAUAAGUUACAUAUCCUCCCAAACUUGGAAAUAUAAGAGGAGCAAUGUAGGUUUACUAUGUGAUUCGUUAGGGUGCCAAUUAAGAUCUCAAUCCCAUAAUUGCAAAAAAAAAAUCCUUCAAAACUACCAUAUCUUCAGAGAUAUAAUUCAGGUAUUGUUUGCUUGUGGGAUUUGGGUGAUGGAUUUUUGUAUCCAAAUCUCAAGCAUCAAGGACUUGGCACAAAAUCCAUUGUUUGUUAAAGGACACAAAUCCGUUGGGGUCUCGGAUUUGGACCCCUUUUUUUAGAUCCAAACCCGUGAGCAGAUUUGCAAAUCAUACAUUUCAUUUGGGGAUUUGAUAAUUGAAGGCAAAGUUGUUUGACAAAUUCAUCAUAAAUCCAUGAUAAAAAUUAACUAAACAAACAAUGUACUCUUCCAAUCCAUAAUGUAAGAAAUCCAUAAUAAAUUCAAAAGUUUUAA